GGUCGAAGUACUAUGAUGAAGCAAAACCUUGGAAUGAAAGGUUGUCGUAUACUUGUAGAAGGCUCAAAUAUGCCUUACACUCCUGAAGCAGUUGAUAUAUUGAAGCAGGCUAAUGUUAUCAUUGCUCCUGCCAUGGCUGCUGGUGCCGGAGGGGUUGUUGCAGGAGAAAUUGAAUUAAAUCAUGAAUGUAAUAAUGUAAUGCAUUGGUCUCCAGAGGACUUCGAAUCUAAAUUGCAGGAAGCAAUGAAACAGACAUUCAAUAGAGCACUCAAAGCAGCAAAUGAUUUCGGUUAUCAGAAAGAAAGUCCCGAGGCGUUGCUACACGGAGCAGUCAUCUCCGCCCUUCUGGCCAUUGCUCAAGCCAUGACUGAUCAAGGAUGUGUAUAGAAAAAGAAAGCUAAUUUGUUGUUUAUCACUACCAAUGUCCACCAUUUGGAGACUCAGUCAUUCCAUAGCAGGAAAACUGCAGAGCUCAUCAACAUCUUCGUAUCGUCAUUGGAAUCCUUACCGGAU